CUAAAGUCCCCGCGAAUGCCCCUCCACAUUGAACUAUUCACUUCUUACUGCUAACCACGCGAAUCGAGGUACGAGCGCGACACGGCGCGACAAUGGCCACUGCUCUUGCUAUUGGAUCCGAGGCGAGACUGCACACGUUGCAAUGUCGAUUCUGCCAGAAGACCUUCUCAAAGGGAGAACAUCUAAGGCGCCAUGAGCGAAGUCACACCGGAGCCAAACCAUUCGUGUGCAGAGAAUGCCAGCGAUCUUUCAGCCGGCAAGACUCUCUCGCCCGCCAUGACAAGCUGCAUAGUCGUCGACGAGCUACCAAAGAUGCAGCCUCUCCUGCAUCCGUCGACAAGCCCGUCACCCCUGAGAGCAUGAGAAGCACUGACCUGAACGAACAACCCGUCAACACGACUGCUGAUCACUUUCACUUCCCUACGUCAGUCUCCGAGGAGCAGCAAUUCCAAACCCCCGUGGCACUAUCCUCGCUUGUCCCACAGCAGGCCACUCAGCCGUUAGACUUGGAUUAUGAUCUUAUCUGGCCUGACUCCGAAGACUUGUUCCAGAGUAUCAUGUCAGCAGACCCUGCCAGUCAAUGGCAGGUGCCUAUAGGAACUCUUCCGUUUUCUGCCUCACCAUCUACCAGCGACGUGCCCUUUGGGAGUACACCGAGCUCGUUCGAUGAAAGACCUUCGUCGAUAGGAGCCAUCCCUUCGGGCGGGAACCGCCAAGCAGUGCAGGAUGUCAGCAAGAUGGUCUCAAACCUGGUAAGCUCCAGCAAUGAACCACGUCCCCUCCAGCUUUGGUCAUCCGAUGUCACCGCAGCAGCCAAAUCGACCUCGAUCACGUCGGUAUUUCUCGACGAAUGUCUACAUAUGUUCUUCGCCAAAUUCAUUCCCACAUUCCCCGUCCUACACCGUGCCACGUUCGUCUUCCGGGACUGCACCCAUCCACUUCUGCUCAAUGCCAUUGCGAUUGGUUCGUUAUAUCUUGGUCCGAAGGACGCCGUGGCCAAGGGCGAAGCAUUGUGGCGCCUUGCUCACACUGCCAUGGCGACGUCAUGGCAGAGCCUGAUAUCUCAUCGUGGGCUGUAUGAUGCCUGUGACGGUGUCCAGCUCAUCAGUACGGCUGUCUUGGGCCAGGUCUACGGCGCCCUCUCCAAGAACCGCGCCAUAAGAUCCACCAGCCAAGCCUUCCACUCUCUAGGCUUUGUCUGGGGCCGCCGCUGUGGAAUGUUUGACUGCGAGUCUUAUCCUGUGACAGCAGUUCCGUCGUUGGACGCACCUGAGUCAGAGAAGGAGCAUCAAUGGAGAACUUGGGUGGCUCGUGAGAUACAACAGCGUGCCCUGCUGGCACACUACAUGCUCGACGGUCUGAUCUCGCAAAUGUCCGGUGUGCCAACCUCGGUACGCCACGCGACUAACGCCCUGGGUCUGCCGAGCGGUGAAGCCGCGUUCGAAGCGUCCAGUGCCGACGAGUGGAUCUCCUACAUGCAAACCAAAAAUUCCCUGAACGCUGCGACUUCCUUCCGGAGCAUCCUGCGUCGCUUGUUCCACCCCGUCAACGAGGCACGGUGGCUGGAUGCCACGCUCUCCGCAUUCUCAUACAAAGUCAUCCUCGAAGGUCUGCAAUCACUCAUCUCCGACGAUGACUGCGACGAAGUCACGGCCGUUGGUGUCCCCACUCGACCGGAAGUGCGCCGUGCCUUGAACCAAGUCUAUGAAAGUGUCACGCUCAACGGUUCACUUUCCUCAGCAGAUCGUCUCGAGACUUUGCUCCGGUGGCACUCGAUCUGCCUGGACACUGUGGUCGAUACGGCAUUGUUGUGCCGCAACUUAUGCUCAAGAUACGACAUCACGCAGCACAUCUGGCGAAGCGGGCAGGUUGCUAAGACACCACUGGACCUGGUUUCCUGGGCAAGUACACCAGCAGCGCGUAUCGCUCUGCUCCACGCCAUGGCCAUUCAGGAAAUUGUGGAGCAACUGCCCCGUGGCCGAGCCCACGCAAUCCACAUGCCCAGCUCACUCUUCGCCACGGCAACUGUUUACGCUGUGUUCGCGCUGGCCGGUUCGCCUGCACUCAAAAUCCCUUGCUCGGUCAUGUGGCAGGAUGUUUUGCUGGACAUGAGGGCCAAUCCUUGCGCCAAUGACCCCUACUUGGCGAUGUCUGACCUUUCAACUACCAUGACGGAGACCGACACAUCGCGGUAUGUUCGUGGCGAUGUACUGUAUGGGGCCAACGUCACGUCGAGGAAUCUCCUGUACGAGUUGAACUCGAUUCAGAAAUUGUUUCGAUGUCUCUUUGCACAGUGGGGUGUGGCUUAUGACAUGGAGAGCGUGAUUGAGCGGUGGAUCUCGCUGUGUCACUAAGUUCACAGACCGUGUUGGCCGUGCCUGAUGAGGGACCUCCUCGAAUGACCAUUUACCAGUCUAACGUUCGUUGUUUUGAGCGGGGACUUGGGAGGACGAAACGAAUUUCUC